CGCAGACUUGAAUGGCUUUACCUCUGAUCACAUUCGAAGACUGCCGAACUCACCCACACAAAAUGGAACCGAUUCUAUUCUGUCCUUUUACGCACUUUUACCAAGUGGUAGUGGUCUAUUACCUACCAGUGUCUUAGCAACCAUAUUUACGUCACACCAAGACAAGAUUCUCUCUGGCGUGGACAGUGAACUUGAAGAACCAGGAGUUAGCAUAGCAAGCACUGAAACUCCAGCUCUUACCUCCACCCAAACCCAAAACAUAGUGCCAAUAAUAAUUUUCAACCACAGAUCUGGAAGGGUGAGUGGAAAGUAUGUGACGUAUGUCUAAAGCGAUGAAAAUUUAGCUAGCUGACCACUAACUUUCCGUUUUUUCCAAUUAUCAUUUUGAGUUAGUACAACUAUAAUUUGAACAUUAUUUACACUGCCGGUUGUUUGUGCAGCUUACGUGAAAGCAUGCAUUUACCUAAGAUAUUCGCGAAUUAAUCCAGAUUAAUAUAAUUUUGUUGCACAAUUUUACUUAUCGACUAUAACAUGUUCAUGCGUAUUACGUUUUUUAAAAAAAUAUUAAAAACACACUAACAUGAUAAUCUUCAAGAAAAUGAAGUCAGGUCUGUAUAUUAUAACAACAAAAUUUUACUGGAAAGUUAUAUUUUAUGAUAAUUGACAAGUUUUUACACCGUCUAUAAUUGGACCUAUAUUGGGCGAAAAAAUAAGCAACAAUUUAAAGAUGCACGUGCCCUUCUGUAGAAAAAGCAAUUGAUUCCAGUUUCAGAGCUUGAUCGUACACACUAUCAACAUAACGAUAUUGUUGUUAAUAUCUAUAUAGGUAUCUAUUUACAGUGACUGCAUGAUUUUAUCAAUCUAAAAUAAUUUCAUGAUUUUGAGAAAUAUUUCCGUGCUUUUUCACAAUAAACAUUUAACAACAAUAGCGAAUACUAAAUUAUAAAUAAAUCUGAACAUAGGGAGCUGAGGAUGGGCUGCAACAUGUACUGUACUUCGGGAUUUUGGUCAAUUGUUGUUUUAACUUUUUGCCUUUAACUAUUUUCCAGGUUAAUACGUUGGUAGUUGUCGAUAUUAGAGUAACUGUAACUGCGAAGAUGAACCUUUUCUGCUUCAGUACACAUGGUGAUGUAUGCGGCCUUACAGUCAUUGGGUAAGUUGCUAAUUCAAACAAUAUACUCAUUUGUUGUUUUAAAGCCAUUCACAAUAGUUCCAGUAUAGUUCAGUGCUCAUAACAUUUACAAUUGUGAUUGAACAGGAAAAUUGCUUUCCAUGUGACACAAAGCGGAAUGCUACAUGCAUUGUGGGGAUCAUUUUGUGCAAAGGCCCUGCUUGUGACCUCUUGCACUAAUUUUAUGGACUGCAAGUGAUUGCGUAAUUCAACAACAGGUUGAUAGAGAUGGGACAUUCAGAGAGCGGUUGUUCAGAAAUAUUUCCAAAUGUAUAAACAAGCCUGUUAGGAAGUGUGCUUUGAAUUUUUGGUUAACCUUGCUGAAGAUAAACGACAUUCCAACAACCGGCCGCUGUAGAUCUGCAACGCUCGCCCAGCAUAAAUUGUGUAGAUUAUCAAGUUCAAAUUUAUAUUUUAGUCACAACCGCAUGAAGCGUUGCGACUUACUUUAUCCAACAUUAGAGAAAUUGGAACAAAACAAAAUUCUGAUUUCUCGCCUAUAUACCUAUGGUCACGGCUUACGCAUAUAUGUGAUUCGCAUACAAUCGGGCCAGCGCGCUUUUUCAUAUGAACGCGAUGUAAAGUUUUGUCGCACAGCAAAAUCCAAAAUUCUUAGCAAGAAUAAAAUUCUUGUUUCAAGCAAGACAUGGUUUUAAAGAAGAUAUCAAGUAAACUUCGUCUUACCAAGCAAAAGAGUUUUGUUAAAACAGAUACAUUUGUAGUUGCUAAGAAAAGACGUGGUAAUUUGUUACUUGCCAAAAAUAAUAAUUUACUUUAA